UCUCUUCUGGGAAAUGUCUCUGUUCAUACUAGAGGCAAAUUCACACUCUACAGUUCCCGCUUUACCUUCAAACUUGCUUGAGAAGCUUUGUUUCUGCAACUGAUAACCAGAGAACUAGCGAGACAUCCUUUACUUGCAGUUUAUUUCUCGUAUCUUGCUUCGCCGUCCGUCCCCAAAACGGUCUUCCCUCCUGAUCUCCCAUCCUCGGUUGGAUGCUUUAGAUGACAAGAAACGGUGGAGAUUCAGCUUAUGAUAACAUGGCCCAGAUGUUUCUCGGUGUCCGUUUCGUCCUUGUGGGAUUUGAUCCCGUUCUACAGGCAGAGAUUCGUUCUAAGCUUAUUAUUGGCGGCGGCGUUGAUGUCGGGAAGUAUGGUCCGAGUUGCACUCACGUUAUCGUGGACAAUAUUGUUUAUGAUGAUUCUGUAUGUCUCGCUGCUCGCAAUGAUGGCAAAACACUUGUCACAGGCUUAUGGGUUGAACAUAGUUUUGAUAUCGGGAUGGCUGUGGAUGCAAGUUUGAUUUUGUACAGACCUUUAAAAGAUUUGAAUGGAAUACCGGAUGCCAAAUCUCUAUUUGUGUGCUUGACAGGAUAUCAAAGGCAAGAUCGAGAAGAUAUUAUGAAAAUGGUAGUCAUGAUGGGCGCACAGUUCUCCAAGCCACUAAUUGCGAAUAAAGUUACCCAUCUUAUAUGUUACAAAUUUGAGGGAGAGAAAUAUGAGCUUGCAAAGAAAAUGAAGAAGAUAAAACUCGUCAAUCAUCGGUGGUUGGAAGACUGUUUAAGAGCAUGGCAGAUUCUCCCGGAAGAUAAUUAUGACAAGAGUACUUACGAGUUAGAGAUGAUGGAAGCAGAAGCCAAGGACUCUGAAGAAGAAACUGGGGAGGAUUGCGAUAAUAAGCAAUUUGAAGGGAGAGAUGUCACAGGGUGCCCUUUCGGCUUCCUAACUGGAACUCCGAGGGCCUCCAAGUCGCCCAUGCCUAGGGGGGAAGUGUUAGAGAUCCAUCAGAAAAAUGUCUCGCCUAAAGUUUUGUCAAAUGUUGCCAAAGAUAUUAUUGGUAACAGUAGGCUACUGACCCCUGUAAAAGAUACAAGAUCUGAUAAAGCCUUAUACUUUCAUGAUGUAAACAAAAAGGGCCUUGAGGACUUUGGCUGUCAGGGUAAUAGAGCUUCUUUUGAGGAUGCUGUUAGUGGUGGGACAUCCAUUCCAUUUGACACUAUAUCCAACCUCAACAAAGAAUAUAAUGGAUCAACAUUUAACUCAAGAACUGUCACACGAUCCCCUUACUCUGAUGCAGAAAAGUUAAUUUCAAAUAGUUACUCCAGGAAAACCCCAAGUAGGUCUCCGGUUUAUACUUCUGCAGAACCUUCAGUUCAUACACAUGGCUCUCCACAAGGAGGUUUAGAUGGAAAGAAAGUUAACAUGGGGCUUGACCUUGAUUCAGAUUGCGGAGAUUUAAAUCGUCAGGGAAGGCAAACUGGAACAUUACCUCAGCAGAGAAGGCUGGCUGUUUCUAGUUAUCUCAUUAGGUCACCACAUAAGGGAAGUCAUGAUCCAAAAACCCGUGCUUCUAUGAGUCCAUCAGGAGCUAUUCGUGAAGGCUUGGAGUUUGCAUCGGUGAUGAUUGGUGCACCCCUAAUGAAAACUGGUCCUUCAUCUAGUGAUAAUCAACAUCAUUUGGAUGCAAUUGCUGGUGCAAACUCUGUUGAGAUUCAGCAAAAUGGCCCAUCAAUGACUAAUUCCUCAAGUUCCAAACAGAAAUCCAUCAUGAGUCCAUCAGGAGCUAUUCGUGAAGGCAUGGAGUUUGCAUCGGUGAUGAUUGGUGCACCCCUAAUGAAAACUGGUCCUUCAUCUAGUGAUAAUCAACAUCAUUUGGAUGCAAUUGCUGGUGCAAACUCUGUUGAGAUUCAGCAAAAUGGCCCAUCAAUGACUAAUUCCUCAAGUUCCAAACAGAAAUCAUUGAAAUUUAGACUGCCUCUUUUGGAAACUUCGACUUUCGAUAGUUCUGAAUCUCCUAAUGUGAAGGUGGCUGGCCUUCCUCAGGAAAAGAUAUCUGAAACAUCUAUAGGGGCUUUAAAAUGUUCCAACUUAGCUAGUGAGCCUGAUAUAGGGGAUGUUGAGAUCUGCAGAACAGCUGACAUUCCUCCUGAUAAAAAAACAGAGCCCCAGAUGCAGCACCAAUAUGUCAAGGUUUCAUCUCCCAAUGUCACAACCUCAGUGAGUGAGAUGUCCAAAAGUCCUAUUAGUUUUGGCAUGCGUAAGAGUGCAAAUGAUGAUGGAUCUUCAAGAUCACGUACCAAGAAGAUGGUUGGCCAGAAAAGUUUGGGCUCUAGGGUUAGGCUAAGUACUGAAAGUAAUACACUAAAGGGUUUAUUUAGCUUUGACAAAACUGUAACCCCAAAUGAUGCUACAAUCUGUCCAAUGAUGGGCGCAGAGGAAGCAGAAGAUGAGCAAAAGAUUUCUGAGAAACAUGAGAUGUGUCGGCCAACUUCAGCCGCAGAUGUAAUCAUGGGGAAAGAGACAGAGGUGGAGAAGACUGUAAGUCUCGAUGAUGAGACUGAGGUGCCAGAGGACCAAGAUGGAGAUGUGCUUGAGAAGCCUGUUACUGAGAAAGCUGAGAUGGUUAAACCAACUUCUAAUGCAGGAAAAUUCAUCCACAAGCAACCAAAACAAGUACAGCUUUCAAAAAAUAGAAGAAAGACUGAUGCAAUGGCUGCAGAAAAGAGCAAGGGUGGAGCUAAGCAUGACAGUGCUGUAAAAGCAAAGAAGACUGGCAUGGAUGAAUCAACUUUUAUAGAAGAUGCAGUGGAAGAAAACACAGCUAAUCGUGGGAAACAUCUUCCAAAGAAAACCAAGAAAGCAGUAUCUACUGUGACUGGGAUCAAGACAUCUGAGAAAGGAGAAAGGGAGAAUGAACCAAGAGAAGGCAAAGUUGGAGCUGAGCCUGACAAGGCAAUUGAUGACAAGAAGACGGGGAUGGAUGGAUCAAUGUUUAAAGCAGAUGCGUUGAGGGAUGAGAUGGCUAAAGAGGGAAAACAUUCAUGGAAAAAAACCAAGGGAAAGGCACUGUCCUCUAUGAAUGAGACAGAGACAUCUGUCAAAGGAAAAGGCAAAGACAGCAAAGAGCUAGGGGAAGUACAGGAGGGAUCUGAGCUCAUGAAUUCAUUUAGUGCGGAGAUGACUGACAGGGAAAACACAACAUUUGAAGCAGAUGCGGUAAAGAAAGACAUGGCCAAGGGGGAACAACCUUCAAGUAAAAUCAACAGAAUGGCCAUCUCUACUGCAACUAUUGAGACAUCUGAUGAAGGGAAAAGCAGAGAAGAGGCCAAGAACAACAUUGCUGUUCUGAAAACAGAGGUGCCAAAGGGAAAAAGCAGAGCAUGUCUUACAGGUAAAACUAAGACUCUAGCAAGUAAGAGGAAGAAGUCUAUGGAUGCUGAAAAGGAGAACAAGCCAAUCAGAAAUGGAGUUCCAAGUGGGAAUUUGUCGAAACGUGGGAGGGCCAGUGGAGCCCCAAUUUCAAGUGAUCAAAUGGUUGGUAAAACUGAUCUAAACACAUUGCAAGCUGGUGGAAGUUGUAAUAUUGUAAUGACUGAACCAGUGUGGUUUAUUCUGAGUGGUCAUCAUCUACAGAGGAAAGAGUUCCAGCAGGUUAUAAGGCAUUUGAAGGGAAGAGUUUGCAGGGAUUCUCACCACUGGUCGUACCAGGCUACACACUUCAUUGUUCCAGAUCCAGUUCGCCGAACAGAAAAGUUCUUUGCUGCUGCUGCAUCUGGGAGGUGGAUUCUCAAGACUGAUUACUUAACUGCUAGUAAUCAGGCAGGGAAGUUCUUGCCAGAAGAACCUUAUGAAUGGUACCGGAGUGGCCUUAGUGAAGAUGGUGCAAUCAAUUUAGAGGCUCCAAGGAAGUGGCGCCUCUUAAGGGAAAAGACUGGUCAUGGAGCUUUUUAUGGAAUGCGUAUUAUCAUAUAUGGAGAAUGCAUUGCACCACCUCUGGAUACUCUGAAACGUGUCUUGAAGGCUGGAGAUGGCACCAUUGUAGCAACGUCCCCACCAUACACUCGUUUCCUCAAAUCUGGAGUUGAUUUUGCUAUUGUUAGCCCUGGCAUGCCACGAGUUGAUUUAUGGGUCCAAGAGUUUUUAAGACAUGAAAUCCCUUGUGUUUUGGCUGACUACCUGGUGGAGUAUGUGUGCAGACCAGGGUAUUCCCUGGAGAGACAUGUGCUUUACAACACUCAUGCUUGGGCAGAGAAGUCGUUUGCAAACCUGCAAAGCCGGUUAGAGGAAAUCAUUGAGGUCUCCACACCAUCAGAUAGCACUGAAGAUCUCACUUGUCAAGUCUGUGGGUCUCGAGACAGAGGGGAUGUGAUGAUGAUUUGUGGUGAUGAGGGUGGUUCCAAGGGGUGCGGGAUUGGUAUGCAUAUUGAUUGCUGUGAUCCCCCACUUGAAGAUGUUCCAGAGGAAGACUGGUUUUGUUCAAAGUGUAGUGUGAAGGACAGCACCAGAACUCCAAAGAGCACCAAGAGAAAAAGGCCCUCUGGAUCGAGGUAAUUAAGUGGCAAAUUUUGAAUUUAUCCUGAUAAUCUAACUGUAGAAAUGUUUUUGUUCCCAUUUUAGUCUUGCCCGUUGGGUUGUAAUAGUAAUAAGACAAUGGGAUUAAAUUCUAGUUUGUUUGACCUCUGUAAUUGUAUAGCCAUCUCCUUCAGUUUUAACAUUUGGAC